UAAUAACAUUCAGCCUUAUCAACAUCAAACAAUAAAUUUUACACAACCAAAAUAUCAUCAUCAUAAAUCAUUUUCUUUCACGAAUGUUUUGGAUUCACCAGUGUUUCCCGUUGUUCAGCGAAAGAAUUUAACAUCCAAGGAUCUGGGGGUUGCGAAAAAAACGACAGAGUUUACCAACAACACAGAUUCUAAAUUAAAUAUUAAUUCAACAUCAUCAACACGACCUGUAUAUAAUUCAACAGCCACCAUGUCAAGACAUCAUCACAAAAUGUUCGAAUCAAUAGCAAAGAGUUGCAUCGUGUCAAGGAAUUGUACUGAUUCAAAAAAUCAUCCCGUGUUAAAGAAUCGUCCAGAUUCCCAAAAUCAACGAGCUGCAUCAAACAACUAUAUAAGCACACCAACUAAAAACUGCAUAGAAUCGAAGUCAAAAAAUCUCGCGGUUUGUGCUAAUGCCGAUAAUGAUCCUUUGUCGAAGAGUUUAGACUCGCAUUCGUUACGCGUGUUGAAAUUGGCCAAGAACGAGUUCUCGGUGAUAGCCAAGCGAAGAUUUAAAAAAGAUGAAUUCAUAUUACAAUACUCUGGUGACGUACACUCGGCCAAAAAUUUUCUUCAACUUAAAUACGAAUAUAGUAAUUUGGAUACUUAUUUCGAUCUGUUUGUCGAGCGGAAUCACGAUAACACAAUGAAUGGUAAUAUAUACGCGCCAUUUAUUAACAGGAGUGAUACGCCAAACUGUUAUAUCCAAAUCACAAAAGAAGGCAGCAAGAAGGAUGAUGGCAGUAAUAAUUGUGACAGUAAACAUUCCGUAUACAAAGUGGGAAUAUUUGCACUUUACGACAUUGUGCCCGGCGUGGAACUUAAGCUUGGAUUGAAUCUUAUUGAGAAUGGAAAUCUAACGCCUGUCACUCAACAAAAUCGUUCUCAUCCAACGGCAAACUCAGCUUCCUAUCACUCUCAGCCACCUCGAACUUUACUUCCAUCAGAUCACCCGUCUCAGUCUUCAUCUCAGCUCGAUCAAGCCAACGAUUCAUUUCCCAUGUCAAUUCAAAUCACCUCUGAGGAACGUCGUCAUCACAACAAAUUUCAAAACCUGGUCACUGCCAUUCAACUCCUGGAAACCUCGAUCGUGAAUUAUUGUAUCGAACACGCGCAGGAUCCAAUCAUAUCUCCCGUGGAAAAGCUCUCCGAGACUGCCGUGAUGCUAUUUGGUCUACCUCAGUCGAUGUUUUCUAGAGUUCACGCGGUCAUCUCGAUUUGCCUACGGGAAAACAUCGGAAUCGAUCAAUGUCAGACGUGUUUGCUCAAUGCUUUCCGAUUGUUUCUUGAGUGGACCACGGGCGAUGGUGGCAGCGAGACGAAUAAAAGCUCUUCCACACCCAUUCAAUGGUCGACUUCUUCUUCCCGGUUCCACCGCCGUUAUCAUGGUAGCAGGAAUUCGAACAUAAAGAUUUCUCUAUUCGAAAAAUUUGUUACAUGUUUUCUGCUCUCGCUGAAAGGAACUUUCGAUGUAAUACCAAUUUCCAUAUUAGUGUGGUCCGAAAGGUUAAGUAUUUCAAAGUAUAGAUUGGUGAGAUGGGAGUUGGAAUGUUUAAAAGCCAUUAGAUUUGAGGUGAUGAUCACAUCGACGUUAUACUUUUGUUGGUUGGGCAAACUUUGUGACGAGUUGGAAGUUUGA